CAACCGCCGCCUCCGUUAAUAACUGUCGUCGCAGGGUUCUGCACGGCAUUUUAAUUUGUCAUCGUAUAAUAAAAGAAUUUAACUUUUUAUCAGUCUUCGAAAAUAAAACUGCGAAAAUUAAAUUUAAAUUUACUAAUACAAAUUAUUUAUAUGCAUAAAUUAUAUUAUUAAACGAAAUAAAAACAAGUUAAUUGUAAUAAUAAUAAAUUAAGAAAUAAUUUACAAAAUAAUUCAUGUUCAAAACGAAAAUUAAAAGAGUAACAACAUAUAAAGUAUUUUUUUCAAUAGUUAACAAGUAUUAAGCAUUUGGCCACAAGUUAAAAAGAGAUAAAUAUACGGCAUUAAUAUAGCAUCACUAUUUAAAUUGCUGUGAAAAGAAAAAUAGUGAAGCACUCAGUCAGUCGUUCGUCGUUUUUUCACUCGUUCGUAUCGUUUUUUUAAGACAUUUAUCGUGUUUUUUAUUCAUUAAACUAAUUUUAGACGUUGUUGCUGAAAUUUGCAUUUUUCUAUUUUCUUAUCGAAAAUUUUGCAAAUUUCUUUACAACGCCCAUAGAUAAAAAGAACGGGAUAAAAGAAAUAAAAUCGAAUACAAUUAAGAAAAAAACCUAAAACGAACUUAUAGUCCCAACUUUUUGUGGAUUAUAUAAAUUUUCUUUCGCCCCUCUGUGUUAAAAAAAGCCGUCAAAAUUGAAUCGACAAAGAUUGACGAGACUUUUUCCUCUACUUCAACUGCAAUGGAGGAUAAAGCAACAACAAAAGAUCUGGAUCAAUGGAUUGAACAAUUGAAUGAAUGCAAUCAAUUGACAGAAGCACAAGUUAGAACUUUGUGCGAAAAGGCCAAGGAAAUUCUUUCCAAGGAAUCAAAUGUUCAAGAAGUUAAAUGUCCUGUUACAGUAUGUGGCGAUGUACAUGGUCAAUUCCACGAUCUUAUGGAACUAUUCCGGAUAGGUGGCAAAUCUCCCGACACAAAUUACUUGUUCAUGGGUGAUUAUGUCGAUCGUGGUUACUAUUCGGUGGAGACUGUUACACUAUUGGUGGCGUUAAAAGUACGCUAUCGCGAAAGAAUUACCAUAUUGCGUGGCAAUCACGAAUCGCGACAGAUUACACAGGUCUACGGUUUUUACGAUGAAUGUCUGCGCAAAUAUGGUAAUGCAAAUGUUUGGAAAUAUUUCACCGACUUGUUUGACUAUUUACCGUUGACUGCUUUGGUCGAUGGCCAAAUCUUCUGUUUGCAUGGUGGUCUAAGUCCAUCGAUUGAUAGUUUGGAUCACAUCCGCGCGCUGGAUCGCUUACAAGAGGUGCCGCAUGAGGGACCCAUGUGCGAUUUACUCUGGUCUGAUCCCGAUGAUAGGGGUGGCUGGGGUAUUUCACCACGUGGUGCUGGUUACACCUUUGGUCAAGAUAUUUCAGAAACAUUUAACAAUACAAAUGGUUUAACAUUGGUGUCACGUGCCCAUCAAUUGGUUAUGGAGGGCUAUAAUUGGUGUCAUGAUCGUAAUGUUGUCACAAUUUUCUCAGCGCCAAAUUAUUGUUAUCGUUGUGGUAAUCAAGCGGCUCUUAUGGAAUUAGACGAUUCACUCAAAUUUUCAUUCCUACAAUUCGACCCAGCACCCAGACGUGGAGAACCACAUGUUACACGAAGAACACCAGAUUAUUUCCUUUAAGAGAAAUUAUCGACAAGAUAACAUUACAAGAACAUUUACAUUUAUUACUAUAUAAAAUACUAAUGAUAAUAAUACAACAACAAAAAUCAUAAAGGGAAAAAAUCCAAAUUUAUAAAAAACCAGUAAACAACAACAACAACCAACAAUCAGGAACAACAUCGUCGUCACAUCAUCAUCAGCAGCAUCAACACCGUCGUUCGUCGUCGUCAUCAUCAUCAGUAAACACCAAACAACAACAAUAAAUUACAAGGAAAAUAUAAACAAUGGUAGAAAGAUGUAUGGAUGUGGUAUUUGAUGAUGAAAGGUGAGAUAGAGUUGGAGAAUGAAAGUAAAAUAUGAAAAACCUAAAUAAAAACAGCGUUAAGAUAAAAAAAUUAAAACUAAAGAAAACAAAAUAAUUUAUAUACAAUUAGUUACAACAAAGCUGUAAUUUAGAAAAAAAAAGAAAACAAAAAAAUGAAAAAACCAUACUUCUAAUAAAAAUAGAGAAAAAUUUAAAUUAAAAACAAAAGCAAGUAAUAAUUUUAAAGAAAAGAAACUUAAAAUAAGCCCCGUACAUUUCGUUUUUUUUUAAAUACACACAUCUAACCCCUCCUACCCCCUCAGAAAUACGAUCAUAAGAAAAGGAUUAAGAGGCGGCCGCUUAUUAAACAAAUUGAUAAGAAGCCCCAGGCAUGCAAAGGAAAAGUAAGGAAGUAAAGAAGAAGGACUACAAACAUUUGACAAGUCAGAUGGAGAGCGAGAGUAAAAGAAGAAGAAGGAGCCUCUAAAGCAUUUUUUCUAAUUAAAAGGCUCAACUAUAAAAAUUUACAAAACAAUACAACACAAAAAAAAACAGUUAAUUAAAAGAAAAUAAAAUAAAACAUUAUUUAAAAUUAAGAAAAUAUUAAAUAAAAAGUUGAAAAAAAAUCAUAAAAAAUAAAAUUGCUAAAAAAUAGUUUAUAAUUAAUUAAAAAAAAGUACUAAGAAAGGCGAAAGCGAGGCAUAAGUAAACACUAUUUAAAAUUCCUCUAUACAACCAAUAAUAACCUUUCUUGAAUAAAUUUAACUAUUUAAGGAAGAGCACGUGCAGAAUUCUCCUACCAACAAAUUCUUUCAUUCAUUCAAAACAUUCUCAUGCAAACGAAACACUCAAUCAUCAACACACACACACUCAUAUACUUAAAACAAUUUAAUAAUAAAAUGUAAUAAUUUGGAAAAAAUUGCAAAAAAACCAACUUAAAAAAAAACAAUAUUUAGUAUGAUAUAAAAUAAAUUUAAAUAAUCAAAGUACACUAGGCCACAAAAGUCUACAAAUGAUUAUGAUGAUGUCGUUUUAUUAAUAAACUUAUUGUAUUAUUUUUUAUAUUCAUAACAAAUUUACCUUUAAUUAAUUGUAAAAAAAAAAUAUAUAAUUUAGUUUUUAUCGUUUUAUUUAAAAAUUAAAAUUUACAAAAGUUUCUAUUAGAAAAAAUUAACACAAUUUAUUUAUAGUUUUCUUUUGUUUUUUAUGGGGUUUUUGAACAAAAUAAGAAAA